GGAUAACAAGCCUCCGACAGUCUGACAGAACAACAGCUCUGCUGAGAGGACAUGAGAGGAUACCGAGGCGUUAAGUACACCUUAUUCAUCUUCUGCUACUUCUUUUGGGUUGUGAGUGCCAUACUUAUAGCAGUGGGGAUCUAUGCUAAGAUCGCCAGAGAGAAAGAUGUGGUUGACACCCUGACGGUUGAUCCCGCUCUACUGUUGAUCGUCGUCGGCUCUGUGAUGUUCCUCAUCACGUUCCUCGGAUGUUUCGGGGCGCUGCGUAACACCAUCUGCUUGCUGAAGACGUUUGUGGGACUCCUGGUGGCCAUUUUACUCUUGCAGAUCGCAGCUGCGUUCGUGGGAUACUUUUUCACUGAUACGGUGAUGGAGAGAACUGAGAGGCUGAUGAUGAAGGCAAUUGAACAAUACAGGGAGGACCAAGACCUGGAGAACGCCAUUGACUUCAUCCAGAAGAAGUUCCAGUGCUGUGGAGUUGAAAGCUAUAAAAACUGGUCCCGUAACGUCUACUUCGAGUGUUCGGACACCAACCCGAGUCUGGAGGCCUGUGGAGUUCCCUUCUCCUGCUGCAUUGGCCUGCAGAACCAGACUGUACUGAACACCAUGUGUGGUUAUGGGAUGCAGCAGCUGGAGGAGAAACUGGCCCGUCAACACAUAUUCACCAUCGGCUGCCUGGAUAAAAUUGUCUGGUGGGCCAAACACAAUCUGCUUCUGGUGGCUGGUCUGACCGCCGGCCUGCUGCUGCUCGAGGUCUGCAUGAUAGCUUUGGCUGCUGUUCAGAUCUGCUGGAUAAAAAACCUGUUCAAACAGACCAACCUCUCCCGUCAGGUUGCCAGUCUAUUGCUGGACUAA